UUUAAUUUUUGACAUCAAUUGUUGUGAUGGUGUAGGUAAACAGCAUAACUUUUAUUUUUAUAAUAAUUAUUUUCUUUUGUAGCUUUUUAUGUAUAUUUUUAAUCAGUUUUUACUUAUUUUUUUAUUAAGUGGUAGUUACUUUUUUGUUUUUUAAAAGCCAAAGAUAAACAUGACUCUUAUUCGACUAUUUUGUGCCGUGUUUUUAUUUCUGCCUUCUACAAAGAACGUGUACUCCGAACAAAUUGUAACUACUUCAAACGAUAUUAAAAUUCUUCCUAACUUACUACAGCACUUGAACAAAAAGUUAUUAAUUGAGAGUGAGGGUGGCCCUCUAACAAACACAACAGUCACUUUACCAAAAGAAAAUAAUUCUAUGGUUAUAAAUUUAGAUACAGAACUAGUGAAAAAUAAAAGCAAUUCGGUAGUUCCACGAAAAGGUGUAAAAUAUCACCUCGAAGAAAAUAAAAGUAAUGAGAAAGAUUCACUUUCUAGUGGUGAUAUGAUCACACUAGAUGAAAGUUCCAAUUUCACAAACACUCUUAAACCUAUUUCAAACAAAAGUGGGUUGCAAAUUGAAGAAAAGCAUAAUAAAACAAUAGUACAUAAGCCAACUGUACUUUCCUCACAAAUUUUGGACAAGUUGAGUGAAAAGAUUGAAUUCCAGCCAGAUUCCAAAGUGAAAAAAAUUCAUGAAAAUAGUCAUCCUGAUCUUGUUAUGCCUAUUGUAAUAACUAUAUUAGUUGUACCAAUGUUUGCAGUUGUUGGGUACAUGGCUCUAAAGAGAGGACAAGAUGCCUGGAAAAACCGACAUUAUAAAAGAAUGGAUUUCCUAUUGGAUGGAAUGUACAAUGAUUAAUAUCUUAGGAUCCAUACAAUUUUAUAUAUUUUUGUAGAUGAAAUUGAUUGUGAUUUUAGUUAAUAUUAUGGAGAAUGAGCUACUCUACAAGUUGUGUUACUAUUAUAGUUAAUAACAAUGAAUAUCUCCAUGUUAUAUGAUAUUGCAUUUUGUAACUAUUGAAAAAUUUUUUAUAAAGAUUUAAGGUAUAAGCAAUAAAUGGUGCUGUAUUUGUAAAAUAUAUUGUGAUAAAAGAAUUUAUAUUUUGUCUGUGUUCAGAUUUGCUGAAGCUGAAGGUGUGCGCUCAAUACAAGAGUAAUAAAUUUACACAUUUUGCAGUCCACUGGCUAUAAAAAGAUUUUACACAUAUAUCAUAUGUCUUCCAAGAGCAAUGUAUUACUUAUAUAUCUUUACUAAAUGGUUAUAAUAAUGAACAUUUAUUUCAAAAUGCUUUAUUUUAUAUUUUGUCAUUUUAUUUUUCCUGUGCCUGCAAAGGCUGUUGAUUUUGUAAUCUUAGGCAUGCCGGUUUUCUCUAUAAUGUCUUCUGUCUAUGAGUAAGAAAAAUCCACUGGUGAAUAGGCGUGAUUCGGACGCACGGCCUCAAAGACGACUUGCACGCUUAAACCACUAUGCCAACAUUGUUUAUCUUAUUUAAAUAAAUAUAUUUUUAAUUACAUAAAAUAAAAAUUUUAAUUACAUA